GUUCGAGCCCAUGUCAUGGGGCAAGGCUUGCGGUAUUCACCAGCUUCAGUACAAUCCCCUGGGUGGCAAGUACUUCAAGCCCAUGUCAUGGGUUAUGCAGUGAAAGUGCCAACAGUGUAUCAACCAGCAAAUCAAGCAAACACAUUUGAUCUUAAGAAUGCGAACGGGACACAUCUUCAAUCCUCAAUGUCAUCACCUUACGGGACAGUACUUUUCCAAUCAUUAUCAAGCCCUUCAGGAAUGUCUUCAAGUUCAUAUAUAGGGCAACAAUUACCUAACAACCCGCAACCUGCAAGCACAUUAAACACCAAUCAGCACCCUGGUGGCGAAUUCUCCACCCCUGCAAUCCACAGGUCAUCAUCUUCUUUUGGAGGGAAUCCCUUUGCAUAAUAUUAUAUAUAUGAGUAUAUGCUUAAUACGAUCAAAGCUUUUAACUACACAAGUCUGGCUCAUGUAUAUAUAAGCUUUGAAGUCCCGCUUGAGGCGGUACGGCGCCGUUUAGGGAAGUUAGUACUGUGAGAGAAGCUCCUCAAACUCUAGGUUCUUAUCAUGAAUAUUGUACAUCAUAUUAUUAGUAAUUUAUAUGAAUUAUAUAUGUUUUGGUGGAGUGUGUUUAUAAAGAAGUGUGUAAAUUAUUUUAUUUUUAGUAAAUAAUAAAUAUUAGAGAGAUGAUGGUAGUAAAUUUUUAGA